GGCGCCGGGGGCGGGGCCGGGACACCCGCGCCCCUGGGCGCCGGGCGCGUAGCCCCGUAGGAAGCGGGGCUCCCCCAUCCGGGAGGCGGGAGAGGGGCGCGCCCCCUAGGGCCCUCACUUGCUCGCCCUCCAGCCGGGCUCUUUCCCCUUCUCUGCCUCCAUCUCUGGCUCCGUCUCCGCACCCAUCUCUGCCCGUCUCUGCCCCUGCUGAGAAGUUAGUCCAGUCCCUCCGGGUCGGGCAAGCGCCCCACCCCUGUUCUGGGUCGCAGCCCCCAGGACACCUCCAGAACGCUGUGUCCCCCUCCUGGCCUCUCGCCCGCCGCCCUCAUGAGGAAAACCAACAUGUGGUUCUUGGAUCGGCUCCGCGGGUCUGGGGAGAACGGCGGUCGGGCUGCGGGGGCCGAGGCAGGGGACAGGGCCGCCAGGGGGCCGCUGUACAGCAACGUGCUGACCCCCGACAAGAUCCCGGACUUCUUCAUCCCCCCUAAGCUGCCCUCGGGCCCCGCGGAGGCCGAGGGGCCGGCGGAGCUGGGGCCGUCCCCGUCUGAGCAGAACCUGGCUGCCUCCCCGCGCCGCAGCCCCCGCAGCCCCCGGCUGCCCGCCAAGCUGGCAGCGGAGAGCAAAAGCCUGCUGAAGGCAGCCACACGACACGUCAUCCAGAUCGAGAGUGCCGAGGACUGGCCGGCGGAGGAGGCCCCGGGCUCCGUGUCCCUGCCCUCGGUGCCCAAGGCCCAGACGUCCUACGGCUUCACCACGCUGGCCGAGAGCCCCCACACGCGGCGCAAGGAGUCCCUGUUCCACAGUGAGCACGGGGCCCUGGCCCAGGUGGGCUCCCCAGGUGCCGGGCGCCGGCGGGCAGGUGCCAAGGCCAAUGGGGGGGAUGGGGGCCCCAGGGAGGCUGGAGGCGGCCUGAUGAGCCCCGGGCGCUACUUCAGCGGUGGGGAGAGCGACACAGGCUCCUCGGCCGAGUCUUCCCCGUUCGGGUCCCCUCUGCUGUCACGCUCGGUGUCCCUGCUCAAAGGUUUUGCGCAGGAUGGCCAGGCCAAGGUGAGCCAGCUCAAGCACUCGGUGGGGCGCCAUGGCUCCCUGUCGGCUGACGACAGCACGCCGGACACCAGCCCCGGCGUCCGCCGUCGCCUGACCCGCCGGGCCACUCCAGAACCGGGCCCAGAGUCUGGCUCCGCGCCCCGCGGGGAGCACAUAGUGCGCGUGGGGCCCCGGGGCAGUGUGCGGCUGUUGGCCGAAUAUGAGGCGGCCCAGGCCCGGCUGCGCGUGCGGCUGCUGGUGGCUGAGGGUCUGUACGAGCGGCCCUGGGAGGCCCGCAGCAUCAACUGCUGCGUGGGCCUGUGUCUAGUGCCGGGCAAGCUUCAAAAGCAGCGCAGCACCAUCAUCAAGAACAGCCGCCACCCAGUCUUCAAUGAGGACUUCUUCUUCGACGGGCUGGGGCCGGCCAGUGUGCGAAAGCUUUCCCUCCGCAUCAAGGUGGUGAACAAGGGAAGCAGCCUGAAGCGGGACACGCUGCUCGGGGAGAAGGAGCUGCCCCUCACCUCGCUGCUGCCCUUCCUGUGAGCUGGCCGGCUCCCUCCUGGGGCACACGGGGGCACCCAUCUGCUGCACACGGGCCAGGGCAGAUCGGUUGCUGGGGGGCUGGGGCUGGGUGAGGAGGUGGGCUUCAAUUCAGUGGGGCUCGGCCUUGUGCUGCCUGCUGCUGAUCCUGCUGUCCUGUGUCGCCGGUGUGAACAGAAUCUUACUUUUCAUGAACGGAUCUUUUUGGAGGAGGAGGAGGGGGAGGAGGAGAGGCUGUGAGGAAGAGUUUGGGGGCCUUGGCAGGGCUGACCAUCCGCCUCGGCCCUCGAUACUGCUCCAUCCUGCUUUUCCACAGAGUUGGGGACAGAGGUCCUCAGAGGCCCACGAAUCAAGGAGGCUGAGGCGGCAGGGACAGACAGGCCAGGUCUCAAGUCCUGGGGCCGAGCUCAACCCAUUCCUCUGUGGCAGUGUUGCCCUCCCCAACCACCCUGCUGCCACUCUGCUCUGCACAGAAGCCUCGAGAGCUGGUGACACCACAUGGCACCUCCCUUCCUCAGGCUCUGGGCAGCCCCAGCCUCCAGGCUCAGAGGCGAGGGGCUCAGGGGCCAUCCCUGGCCUCCAGACCUGGCUCUUGAUGGAGGAGAAAGUGUGGCUGCCAGGCUGGAGCCCGAUGUUCGGGGACACAAGGAGCUGGCCGACUGCUGGCCUGGCACUCAUCGGGGCCACCUUGACAGGAGGGGCCUGUGCAGCCCUCGGGGGCCCCUGUGCCCUCCCAGCCAGUGCCCGGCAUGGCCUUUACCCUACCUGUAAAUAGGGUUUGGUUAUGGAGCCUGGGCGGGAUCACCACAGGCCGGGCUGGGCCUGGUUCUGGCUUUUCACUGAGCCAGGCAGUUGAUUGGGUUUUGCUAUUGGUUAUGCGAGUCCUUGAAUGAUUUCUGGGCUUUUUUUUUUUUCCCACAAAUUCUGCAAGUCACAGGAGGGCAGGUUUCCUGCAGGGUGAGCAGCCCUGUGGGACCUGUGAUGUUCCCCCCUUUCGCUGGCUCUCUUCUUCCUGAUGAGGAUGUCUGCACCCACCAGAGAGGGAUGCGGAGCUGACUCCCCAGGCCUGGAGAGAGCCUGCAAUUUCUGCUGCACGCCUGAGUUGCCCUGUAUCCUGUGACAGCUGGGCCCGGGCCCCUGUCUGUGCCUGUCCCCUCCCCUUUGGGACCUGGGGUGCAGACCGCAGGCCCUGCAUGGAGCUGGAUGCUUGGAGCUCGUGGCCACCUCCCUUCUCUGGUGGGGACCCCACCUCCUGUUCUCCUCGGGAGGGGGGCUCCCCAUUUUAUAUAUCUGUGCACUGUUUGAUAUCUUUGUGUUUGAAGUUGAUCGUGGAUGAAUCUUUCAGACACUUCCCUCCAGUGUGUUUGUUUAUAAAUGCUGUUUUUAGUGCAAUAAAGGUGUUUCGGGGA